UAUUUAUAAUCUCUGCCGCCAAUGUUGACAGGUGACACUAACCGGAAGUUUAUGAACUUCACACAAUUUCUUAUCUUCUUCCUUUCCAUCCUUUUUCAAUUGUUCUGAAAUUUGGGGUUUUAAACUUGUUGUUAGAAAGGUUUCACCUUCACCUUUCCUUUUCCGCCAUUUUCUGAUCCAACCAAAUGGAGAAUGAAAAGCCUCCCUCAUCCUCCUCAUCAAAGUUAGGAUUUUCACCAAACGACCAAGUGUUUGGGCGGCGUAAUAGGCCAGAACCAGAACCAGAAAUAAAGAUACAUGACGUGUUCUUGAGUUUCAGAGGAGAAGAUACUCGCGCUUCCUUCACUUCACAUCUCUGUACUGCUCUUCAAAAUGCCGGAAUUAAGGUUUUUAUUGACGAUAAUGACCUUCAAAAAGGAGAUCAUAUUUCACCAUCAUUACACCUAGCAAUCGAGCAGUCUCAGAUUUCUAUAGUUGUUUUCUCAAUAAAUUAUCCGGAUUCACGAUGGUGUCUCGAUGAAUUGGGAAAAAUAAUUGAGUGUUGCAGAACCACAAAGCAUGUAGUUGUGCCAGUGUUUUACCAUGUAGAUCCCUCUGAAGUGCGUUAUCAGAGGGGCGAUUUUGGAGUAUCUUUUCAACGUCUUUUGAACAAAAUGGAAAAGGAGGUAGAUUUGGAUUUACUGUGUGAAAAGAGAUGGAGAGUGAUGCUUCGUCUGGCAGCUAACACCGCAGGGUUCGUAAUACUAAACUCCAGGAAUGAAAGUGAGGAUAUCAAAACAAUCGUUGACAAAGUUUCACAUUUGCUAAAUAAGUCAGACUUGUUUAUUGCACAUAAUCCCGUGGGAAUUGAAUCUCGAGUGCAAGAUGUCAUUCAACUUCUACCCAUUCAAUCAAAUGAUGUUUUACUACUAGGGAUGUGGGGCAUGGGGGGAAUUGGCAAAACAACCAUCGCAAAAGCCAUUUACAAUAAAAUUGGCUGCAAUUUUGAAGGUAGGAGCUUCAUUGCUAAUAUUAGGGAAAAUGGGGAGAAAAUUAAUGGACUAGUGAGUUUACAAGAGCAACUUCUAUUUGAUAUCUGCAAAGAAACGGCAAUCAAGAUACCAAACAUUCAGUCAGGAAUAACAAUGUUACGGUCUAGACUCAGCUUAAAAAAAGUACUCAUUGUACUUGAUGAUAUAAAUACGUUAGAACAACUGCAUGCUUUUUGUGGAAGUUUUAGAUAUCCAGAAUGGUUUGGUCCAAGGAGUAUAAUAAUUAUCACAACCAGAGAUAAGCGUUUACUUAAGGGGAGAGUUGACAAAAUAUACAAUAUGUCAAUAAUGACUGAAAGUGAAUCACUAGAGCUUUUUAGUUGGAAUGCAUUCAAGCAAGCGAGUCCAAUGGGAGAUUUUGAUAGAAUUUCCAGAAAUGUAGUUAAAUAUUCUGAGGGAUUGCCGCUAGCCCUUGAAGUCCUUGGGUCGUAUUUGUAUCAUAAGACGGAAUCGGAAUGGGAACUUGUAUUGGAGAAACUUCAAAAAAUUCCUAAUAACCAUGUGCAGAAUAAGUUAAGAAUAAGUUAUGAUGGUUUAAAUGAUGAUGAUGAGCAAGAAAUAUUCCUUGACAUAGCUUGUUUCUUUAUUGGGAUGGAUCGAAAUGAUGUUAUACUUAUAUUGAAAGACCGUGGACUUUCUGCUGAAAUUGGAAUACGUGUCCUUGUUGAGCGAAGUCUUGUGACUGUUGAUAAUAAGAACAUUCUUGGAAUGCAUGGUUUGAUGCGAGAUAUGGGAAGAGAAAUCAUUCGCGAGGAAUCACCAAGGAGGCCCGAGGAACGUAGCAGGUUGUGGUUUUAUCAGGAUGUGAUUGAGGUAUUAUCAGAACAAAAUGGAAAAGAAGGUGUUUUGGGUUUGGCUUUAGAGCUGCCUAUAGCUAAUGCAAAAUAUUUUAGCACUAAAGCAUUUGAGAAGAUGGAGAGACUCAGAUUCCUUAAACUUGAUGGGGUAUUACUUGUUGGAGAUUUUGAAUAUGUUUCUAGAGACCUGAGAUGGCUGUCAUGGAAUGGAUUAAAACAAAUUCCUAGAAACUUUUUUAGAGAAAAUUUAGUUUCUAUCGAAUUGGAGUACAGUCAAGUCAAACAUCUAUGGAAGAAAACUCUGAGGAUGGAGAAGCUGAAAAUUCUCAAUCUUAGUCAUUCUCACUUUCUCACACGAAGCCCCGACUUUUCAAACAUGCCUAAUCUUGAAAAGCUAGUACUUAAAGAUUGUCCAUUGUUGUCUAAGAUUUCUCCAAGCAUUGGACAUCUCAAUAAAAUUCUUCUAAUAAAUUUGGAAGAUUGUAGUGGCCUACGUAGCCUCCCAAGAAGCAUCUAUAAGUUGAAAUCUUUGAAAACUCUCAUUCUUUCAGGUUGUGUACAUAUUGACGAGUUGGAAGAAGAACAAAUAGAAUCUUCAACCACUCUCCAUGAAAAUAUAACUCCAAUAACAAGAAUAUCCUUUUCAGUAAUAAGGUCAAAAAGCAUUGGAUAUAUUUCUCUGUGCGGCUGUGAGGGUUUUUCACGUUAUGUGUUUCUAUUUAUCAUUUGGCUUUGGAUGCUGAGAUAUGCAUUGAUUUGUAUAUAAUUAUGUAUUCAUUAGGAUUAAUUGUGCAUUGUUUACCCUCCUAAUCAAGGGAUACUUGUUGUACAAUAUUCGAUAUAAGUAAGAUCAAGUUGAGAGUUAAUCUCUCAAGUUAUUCAAUAACAAAACUUUAUUUUCAAGAGAAGUCAUUGUCGCCUACAAAUAACCUUCCAUUCCGAUUUCAAACAUCUUCUCUCAUGUCAUCUCUUGUUGCUUUGGAUGUACCAGUUAGUAGUUCCCUUGAAAUUUCAUCACUUUCUAACCACCUUCGAAGAGUAGAAAGAGCAUUUAUACAUGAAAUACUUGCAUAGAUUGGAGAGUACAUUUAAAAAAAAACAUUGAAACGACAUAUGUGUUAACAACUAGUCAUGAUCAUGACUCAAAAAUGCAAGAGAGAGGGUGAGUGAGAAACAAGAGAGAGAGUGAGAACCAAGAGAUACGUUUUUCACAGAGUUUCAACUUACAGCCAAGCAAUGGAAGGGGGAUGGAUUGCAGUGAAGGAGAAAAACAAUAGGAUAACAGGAGGAGCC